UGCGGCGCGCGCUUCCUGUGAGGUCAGGUGGGAGGAAGCGGCCUGCAAGCCGCCCGCGGUGGACGUCGCCGAGGCCCGCGAGCCGCGCCCGCAGGCUUUUUGAGGUCUGGGGAAAGGGUCAGCCCGCUGGGCACCGCGGCUCCAGGGAGGAUGGUGCGGAUCUUGGCCAAUGGGGAAAUUGUGCAGGAUGACGACCCCCGUGUGAGGCCCACCACCUCUCCACGCAGUAACACGACCCGGCAGAGUUUUCUCAAUAGGGGCCAAGGUACUCCCCUCGGGGGCCCCAACCCCCGCCAGCAGCAGGCGGGUGCCAGGCUGGCCGCUGCGCAGUCCCCCUUCAGUGACCUAAAUCGGCAGCUGGUGAACAUGGGCUUCCCCCAGUGGCAUCUCGGGAACCACGCUGUGGAGCCGGUGACUUCCAUCCUGCUCCUCUUCCUGCUCAUGAUGCUCGGCGUUCGUGGACUCCUGCUGGUGGGGCUCGUGUACCUGGUGUCCCACCUGAGCCAGCGGUGACCUCCUGGGGACAGGCGCAUGGGAGAGGGAGUUGCUGGGCCUUGGCCGCAGCGCAGGGGCCGGGGCCAGGGUCUCGCGGUGCCUGGAAGGUGCUCAGAGAUGUUUCCACAUGUGCUAAGCGUGAGGCAGAGGGAUCGUCUAGUCUAGCCUUUCCAAAUACUUGGGUGGACCCCUUGUUCCCUUGUGUUUUUCGGUAGUGUUGGGCCUGCAUUAAGCACAAGGUUGGAGCAAGAACAGGCUUCCCUUUUCGAUUCUCUUCCAGUCCUUUUAUUCCAAGAAGAAAGUCUCAGCUUGGUGCCAAUAUGUUCUAAUGCUGAAGUACCCUGUUCCAGGGAGCAGGCUUUGGGCUUGGGACAUGUGGAAGUUUCCAGACUUUUAUAGCACCGUUUUGUUUUAAUGGUCUAUUUUUAUGGGCUACCUUUUUAUUUAUGACAACUGGUACCGGCAUUCUCAUUAUUGUGGUGGUAUUUUCA